UUGCGUGUUGGGGAAUUCGUUGAUAUUAACAUGGGGUUAAAAUGAAAAUUAACAUGGGGUUAAAAUGUUACCAACUCAAACAGUGAAUCUGUAUUAUAGUGCUGAUCAAAUUUAUUUUCUUUAAAAAAUAUCAGGACAGUAAUUUUUAUAACGGUAUCUGUUUGUCAACUUGAUUCAGUGUGCAAGUAAAAAUGGAACAUGAACUUACCGUGAUACGUGAGAGCAGUGCAUGUCUUCGCUCUAUAUUCGGUACAUGUCACAUGCCAUUCCGCAUAGACUGCUUCUGCUUCGCUUAGAUAAGAAGGCACACGACAGCGAUCUGCUGAAAUAAAAUGCUACGGGGGGCAGUCGCUCCUAGGGAUUCCGCGAGCCCGUGAGACAAAAGAGCCUAAAUCCUGCACAUCUCAAAUAGGAGGCCAGCAGUAUGGACCUGUAUGAGUCAAGAGGUCGGCUUCAGGCGAUCGCAGAGGAGAUGGCAGUGAUUGAGGAGGAGGAGGAGGAGGAGCAAGCAGAUGAAGAUGCAUUUGUGAUGGUGAGAAAGAAAACGUCUUAUCAGCCAACCGAGCCGGCAGACGCAUUCUGCACUGACUGCGGCGCCGUGACCCACUCCGCCCUCCAAGCCUCUGGAGAGCAUAGCCAGCACCAGGUUUUCGUGCUUCCUACUGCCACACACUACAUGAAGAGUGAACUGAGCAAGUGCAAUAGCCUGCUUUCUGAAAGGACCACACAGAUGGAGAACUUUGCCAGCAACCUGGAGGAGAUCUUCAUCACCGUGGAGGAGAAUUUUGGCCGACAGGAGCAGAACCUGGAGCAGCAUUAUAACGAUGUCCUGCAGACUCUGUCCCAGCGGAGGCAUGAGCGCAUCACUGCACUGCAGGAUGAGAAGAAGCUGAAGAUGGAGGCACUGUACGGGGAGCUUCUGUCCUGCGGCCGUGCACUUGACGCUUCUAAAGAGCUGAUCGAGAAAGCACAGGACCUGAACCGCUGGCAGGAACAACGUGCCUUCCUACAGGCAAUUAUGCCACUUAUUAAGAGAAUCAAGGAUUUUGCCAAAGAGGAGGAGAACCUGAAGAUGCCUAUAUCGUUGGACUUUGUGAUACCCUCUACAGACUUCUCUGAUGUUAAACAGAUGAUGGAAUCGAUCAAUGUGGUACCAGCUCCCUCAGCUCCAGUAAUGAACCCACAAGUGUCUAACUCUGCCACCGCUUCAACUCUACGUGUGUGUUGGAGUUUGUUCUCUGAUGACACGGUUGACUUCUACGAACUUUACUGCCGCCAUAUCUCUGAGGACAGCACUACGGGAACCAUGCAAGAGGUCUCUGCGCUGCGUGUGAAGGAGACUCACUGUGUGAUGCAGCAGCUGCUUCCCAAUGCGCAGUAUGAGUUCUGGGUCACUGCAACCAAUACCACAGGCAUCAGCCCAGCCAGUGAGAGGGCUGUCUAUAUGACUGUACCCUCUCCUCCUGUGAUAAGGGAGCAAGAGUGUACAAGCUGCUCAGACGCGGCACUGAUCCGAUGGGAUUCGGGCAACACGAACCCCGUGGAGUCCUACACACUGGAGCUAAGUGAGAACAGUCUUAGCAAAAGUUCUGUGACCGAAUCUAUUGUUGCGAUUCCCACCUGUGAGUGUGUGGCCCAGCUGCAGCCAUGGAAAUGCUAUGUUAUCUAUGUCCGAGCUGUCAACAUUGGCGGACCAAGUGAGAGAAGCCAGCCGAUCACCAUCUCAACCACAGGUACAUUUUUCCACCUUCUGCGGGAGACCGCUCACCCAUCUCUGUCUGUGUCGGCCGAUGGCUUCACCAUGUUCUACCUGGAUGAGGACCUUCCACUCAGUGACAUUGCUUUCAGUGACAACACCUUCGCAAGCUGUGUGGCUGUGCUGGGGGACCUGAUGCCUGUGCGUGGGCAGUACUACUGGGAGGUGGAGGUUGACGAGCAGACAGAGUAUCGUGUGGGCGUGGCCUAUGAAGACACCCAGCGCAGCUCUUAUCUGGGUGCUAAUACCACCUCCUGGUGCAUGAGACACAUUCUCACACCUUCCAGACACAAGUAUGAGUUCCUGCAUAACGGGUGGAGUCCAGACGUGCGAAUCACUGUACAGCCUCUAAGGAUCGGCAUCUUUUUGGAUUAUGAGCAUGGCACUAUAUCCUUCUACAAUACCCACCUGCAGCAGCACCUGUAUACUUUCACCUGCUGCUUUCACCACUUUGUCCUGCCCUGCUUUGCUCUGGACAAGCCUGGAGCCCUGAGCCUCCGCAACGGCCUAGCUCCACCCUGCUACGUCACACAGACAGCACGACCCCAUCAUUAAUUAUGCCCAACACACACAGAGCAUGACCCCAUCAUUAACCAUGCCCAACACACACACAGAGCAUGACCCCAUUAACCCUGCCCAACGCACAUGCGCGCGCACACACACACACACACACACACACACACAGCACGACCUCAUCAUUAACCAUGCCCCACACACACACACAGCACCACCCCAUCAUCAUUAGCCCUGCCCAACAUCAGUACUUGAACCCAGAUGGGAAGAUGGCAACUUUUAUUUGGAAAUUAGAGAUUAAUUGUUAAUAUUGUGAUGUAAACUACAUUGAGUCUGUAUUAUACAGACAGCAGGAUACUUUCUGGAACUGUGAUGAACAUCUGUGAUGAAGUUGUACAAAGAUGACAGCAAAUCCUCCAACAUCUUUAGAAGAAAUGUGAUCUGGACAAUGGAACCAACUGAGUUUUAAGCAGGAAAUGAAGCAAGCUUUGAAUGAGCUGAAUGAACUAAAAAAACUACCAGAUUCACUUAGGCAAGAUGAACUUUAACCCUUUAUGGUGUUCAGUAAUGCAGUGUCGGGGAGCCCUUGGUGCAUAGGAAAUACCGCAGCUAUUUUAAUAUUUAAAAUUAACCCACAUAGAAUCAAAACAAAAAAAACAGACUACAGAAGUAUUAUAGGUUUAUUACUGUAUUCCAUAGGAACAGGUGCACCAUUUUCCAAAAUCAGAAAAGUUCCAUUAAUGUGGUGUCGGCUGGACGCAGCAGUCACCUCCUACAGUUUAGUUUUGGGGAUUUAGGGAUGUGCUGUUAACAUGGCUUGGGAGUGGUGUGUGUUUAAAAAAAAAAAAAAAAAAAAAAA